AUGAUUCAGUAUAAUCUUCUAGUCGGAAUAUCGGGAAGCGUAGCUGCAAUUAAAACUGAAGAUAUUAUCAAGUUAUUAACUAACUCUGCUAAGAAACUUAAUAUUGAAAUCAUCACCAAAAUUGUAGUCACAAAAUCUUCAACUCACUUUUUUAACUCAACUUAUAUGAAUAUUAUAAGUGAUGAGGAAGAACUUAAUUGGAAAUCUAAAGGAGAUCCAAUUAUUCACAUAGAACUAAGGAAAUGGGCAGACAUGUUUAUUAUUUUACCAUUAUCAGCAAAUACACUGGGGAAAUUAGCUAAUGGUCUAUGUGACAAUCUAUUGACAAAUAUAGCUAGAGCAUGGGACUUCUCAAAGCCUAUCAUUGUAUUUCCUACUAUGAAUACAAUGAUGUGGUCUCAUCCAAUAACAGAUAUUCAAAUUAAUAGACUAAAAACUUUUGGUUUCAUAAUAGUUGAACCAAUUUACAAAGAAUUAGCCUGUGGUGAAGAAGGGCUUGGAGCAUUACUAACAGUUAAUUAUAUAGUAGAUUAUCUAUUGUCUAUUAUUAAUAAAAGAGUUUUCAAUAAAGAAAAGGAAUAA